AUUUUACAGUUAGCAUAGAUACAUAUAUUUUAAAGCCUGGCGCUUGUUGCUGAUCAACCCUAGGAAGAUUGUGUAAUAAAAUACAUUUAAAAUGAAUAAUCAACCCGAUCUGAGCUAAUCUAUUCAAAAUAAGUGAUACUCGUUGGUUAUGUCGUUGUUCCCAAGCCAAGGACUCAAGGCUUGAUGUGGCGGUGAUCAGCGACCAGAAAAAAAUAUUAUUUCAACGAAAUUUUUAUGGGCGUUAGAAUUUGGAUAUGUGGUACCCAAACAAUUAUAACUGGCAGCAUAAUAGGGCCGUUGUCCGUCGCAACUUUUAUCAAUAUCCCAAUAUGAGCGCCUGCAACUAUGACAUGCAGGUCUUCUACAAGAUUUUCCCACAAAGUCGGCCAUAUAAUUUCUACCAGCAGCCGGUUAACUAUUAUAACUACCAGCACCGGGGUUUUCAUUACAACUUUCAGGAGCAGUGUUUUACAACACCAAUCCAGAUUAACCCACAUAACUACCCACAACUUAACCAAAGAUCUAACCACUGCAGUUUUCCGCAGAUCAGACCAAGCUAUUGUUCCUAUACGAGUAAGCAGGGAAAUUGCAACCGGUGCCGUUCUCCGAAAAAUAGAUUAUGUAAUUGUUCUUAUGCGAGUCAACAGGACAAUUCGUCUCAACAACCAAAAAUAGCCGCCAAGGAAAUGGUGGCAUCUUUGGAAAUCGCUUUAGUUGAGAAUAGUUCUGACCUAGGGGGUGGUGGAGAAAACGAUUAUUGUCGGGCCCUGUCACAAGCCGUUGUAAAUGAAGAUUUUUUUGAAAAAGAGGAGUCAGCUUGUGCCAACUAUUCACGAUCCAGACCAAAGGAUGAGCAAGAAACCAAAAAUAUUCUGUCGGACGAUGAGGAACGGAAAAGCUCCGAGAAAGUAAACUCAACGCAUGUGGAAUAUAACGAAGCACAGGCAUUUAAGUGUGCAGUUGAAAUUUUAGAUUUUUCUGAGGAAGACAAAACAGUUUGUUGUAAUUAUCCACAAAAGCCACAAAACCCGGAGAAUACUAAUCCUUCUUAUUACCUCGAUGAGCAAGAAAUCCGAAAAAUUGUAUUCGAUGAUGAGGAAUUGAAAAGCUCUGAGAAAAAAAACGAAUCAUCUGUGGAAUGUGUGUCAGAUGAUACGGGAUGGAUAAAUUCUGGGAAAGAAACCGCAUCGCCUGUGGAAAAUAAUGAGCCACAGGCACUUGAUUUUGAUUUUUUUCAGGAAGACGAAAUAGUUUCUUCUAACUUUUCGCAAGUCAAACCGAAAUUGCAAAAGCCACAGGAUUCUUAUCCCAUUAGUUACCCAGAUGAGCCCAAAAUCGGAACGAAUGAAUCCGAAGAUAAGGAAUGGAUAAGCCUUAAAAAGGAAAAACCAUCGUCAAUUGUAAAUGUAAAUGAGUCAGUAGCGCUUGAUGGGAGUCGUGAAAAUGCCAGCCCUGCUAGCCAUGUGGACGACGAAUGUAUAUAUCCUGAGGACUCUGUUCGCUUGGAGUUCCAAUUGCCGGCUCGCGAUAUUAAGGCUACGCUCAACGUAAAGGAGCGCUUUGAAAUGCAGUUGGUGAAGGUGUGCAGUCCACACAACUUUAAAAUCUGGAUAUAUGACGAAAAGAUUCAUGACUAUUGGGUCUUGUCCUGUAACAUGCAAACGUUUUACGAAAAUCAAGACAUGAAAACGUUCACUAUUCCCGGGAGUUUAAUUGCCUUGAAUCACUUGUGCGUGGUGCGAUCAUGCAAUUCGGGUGUGUGGGAAAGAGCCAAAGUGGUGCGACACCAACCAACUAACAUAAUGAAGACCAUAGAUGUGGAACUCCUAGACACCGGGGACAUAAUGUGUGUGUCCUACGGAGAUGUUAAGUUUUUGAAGAAGGAGUUCGCUGUGCUGCCGCCGCUAUGUUUGCACGGGCGCCUAGCCUAUAUAGUUCCCUGGAAGGGUUCGACAUGGUCAUCGAGUGUCAGUGCCUACUUUUUCCGUCUGAUUCGCUACCGUAGACUUCUCGCUAAAAUCGAAGCUAUCAAGGAUAACGUUGCAUACCUGGUACUAGUGGAUCCGUUAAUUAAUUCGCCUAUAAAGAACAUAAACAAGAUACUUAUACACUCUGGUUGGGGGCGUCGCUGCUUCACACCCUAGCUUUUCUCUAAAUUUAAUUACUGACUUCAAAUUUCAACCAUAAUGCUUAAGUAAAAUAAUGAAAUUUUGCUUUCAUCCUCUGGAUCGUUUAUAAAAUUGAUUUUUUCUAUUAUGAUCUUGAUGAACUCGAUUAUGUUAUAUUUCAAGAGCAACACUCCCUUCUGAUUUUGCAAAAACAAGUUAACUUGAAUAAAGCGUUUAUA